CCCAACAGCACGCCCAACGUGAGUUUAGUCGGUGGUGGUGAAGAUUUUAGCAGUGUUCUCAUUGCUGAAUCUGAGAUUUGUGGCGUUAGAUACUGGGUAUCAACUAAAGCAAAUUAGGCGUUUAUAUUGGCUAGAAAAUGGAUGGCAUAAAGGAAGGAUGGUUCACAGAAACGUGCACCCUGUGGCCUGGACAAGCAAUGAGUCUUCAAGUCGAAGAGGUUUUGUAUAAUAAGAAAUCCAAAUUUCAGGAUGUCAUGGUGUUUAAAAGCAAAACAUACGGAAACGUCCUUGUUUUGGAUGGGGUUAUCCAGUGCACAGAGAGAGAUGAGUUCUCAUACCAAGAGAUGAUUGCCAACCUGCCCCUGUGCUGUCAUCCAUGUCCCAAGAAGGUUCUAAUCAUCGGUGGAGGGGAUGGGGGCGUUCUGAGGGAGGCUGUGAAACACCCUCUGGUGGAGUCGGUGGUCCAGUGUGAAAUCGACGAGGAUGUGAUCACUGUGUCGAAGAAGUAUUUGCCUGGCAUGGCAAAGGGCUUCUUCAGUCCCAAGCUCACCCUGCACGUAGGAGAUGGCUUUGAGUUUAUGAAGCAGAACCAAGAUGCCUUUGACAUCAUCAUCACCGAUUCAUCGGACCCUGUUGGUCCAGCAGAGAGUCUGUUUAAGGAGUCGUACUACCAGCUUAUGAAGACAGCCCUCCGGGAAGGUGGAAUUCUCUGUUGCCAAGGAGAGUGUCAGUGGUUGCAUUUGGAGCUGAUUAAAGAGAUGCAGACCUUUUGCAAGACGCUUUUCCCCGUGGUGGAUUAUGCCUACUGCACCAUCCCCACCUACCCAAGCGGCCAGAUCGGCUUCAUGCUUUGCAGUAAAAAUGAAAAAACAAAUUUCAGAGAGCCGGUACGAGAAAUUUCGAGAGAUGAGGUGGAGAGCAUGGGCUUGAAAUAUUACAACCCCGAAAUCCACAAAGCAGCGUUCAUCCUCCCAGAGUUUGCCCGCAAGGUACUUCAUGAGUCGUAAGUGUGAGCACAUGGACAGCCACUCUCUUCCCACUCAACCGUCUGUCACGACAGAACACAACGCAAACUACAUGUAAACCCAGACCUGCUCUGCCUCGCCCUGCACCACACCACACCUUCACUCUCUGCAGUACCAACAGCUCACCCACACGCUGUCUGCACUAUGCACUUGCCACACCUACUGGGACUUGAGGAGAGCAGCCCGGAAGAGAAGAGAAAAGAAGAGGAGACCGCUGCCUCUUUAGGAGGGAAGCGGAGGUGGAGGGGUCAAACGCUAUGUUUUCAAGACAGUCGCAAGUCCCUCCAGCGCUUCCUUCCAGCCUUGCACAUUUCCUCCCAUUUAGGCUAUUUUUGUUCUCAUCUAUUUCUCUUCUCCGUCUUUCCAACUUCGACAAAAACUCAAGUGCAGUCAAACGAAAAAUCAGAUUUCCUCUCUUUUUUGUUUUCCUUCUGGACACAUUUUUCUGCUUUUAUGGUAGUGUUAUAGAGCUUAUGAAAAUAUUGCCAGUGGUAAUAUCUUAACAUAGAAUAAGCAGUAUCAUAAUAUAAUUUGUUUUAAUAUAAAUAGCUCACAUGCACAGGUCUAUGCCUAACGGCUAAAUCGUUCCUUCAUUUACUGGAAGUCUCUUAAACAUUCUAAAAGCCACUGAUGCUGAACUUAACAGUAUUAUUCAGCCAUGGAUGGUCCAAAUAAAAUUCCUAAUGUAAUAUUGGGAACUUUCAAGAAAUGGACAAAAAUGACAGCCAUUUCACCUAUCAGGUCUUAAAAGGUUGUACCAGUCGAUGGACUAAAGAUGGCAUGUAUUUUAUGGCAAGGGGAAUGUUGAUGUGUAUUUUAUAGCGUUGAAGAUAUGCAUGAUAUACAUCAACAGUAAUAGUAUGGGGGAAAUGUUGGAAGGAUGGGUAAUGUCGGUGGGAAUGAAAUGGGUAAUUCUCAAAUAUGGGUGGGCAUAUUCCUGUGCUCCGUGUGGUGGUUGGAUUUGAAUAAGGUACAAUGGGAACAAGCUUUGUACAUGUAUGUAACUUUCUGCCUAUCGAACAUUCUUUUUGUGAGUGAGUUAGAGAGAGAGAGCACGAUAUCUCAUGGUGUGUUUUAGAUUUCAAGGUCACUACAAAACAAGCGAACUCCUGAUUUGUGAUGGUCAGAAAUAUAUACUUCAUAUAAUGGUCAUCACUACAGUGCAUUUUUAAUAACUAUACCAGAUUGUGUGCGGUCAGUGAUGUAGGUUUAGUGAAAGGAGGGCAUUAUCAUCAGAUGUGCAAGUGUGUGUUUUGUCCUGUAAAUUGUUCCGAAGUCAACUCUUUCUUGUCAAAUAUGGAGGUACUAUGAAUUACUGAAACACCAGUAAAGACUCAGCAAUUUGUAUGAAAUUCAGUUGUUGAUAAUAAUCAGUGAUGUCACAAUUAAAAUGGAAACUGGAAUUCUCACCUACCUGAAUCCCUCUUCAGUAUGUAUGUGCAUACACCACUUGUCUCUUUAUGGCUUAUGUUAAUUAUGUUACUUAGCCAUGUACAUUUGAUUUGAUCAAGUUUAUAAUGUGGAGUCCUGGGGAGAUUUUCAAAUAAAAAAGAAAUAAGCUAAACAACGUUUAA